GUGCCGGAGAGGCUUCGAGCUAGCAGCGUGCAUCUCGCAUGGCUAGCUGCAGAGAAGGAGGUUCAGGAGUUGGAAAAGCAAUGUGAAGCUCAGCAAGAGCUUGAGUCAAGGAUCAAGCUCAUGCGAAAUCGCUUGAAGGCCAUGCGGAAGGGAGCUGCUGCAAGGGUAGAUGCUGUCUCGAAGAUGAUUGAGCAUCGGAAGGCCGAACUUCUCAUCAACAAUGAGAAAGUCCGGGAGCUCGAAGGUCGGCAAAAUGAGCCUCCACCGUAUCCUGCCUUGACCAAUGCUCAGCCCCUGGGCUUGGCGCUGACGGAGGCAGUGAAGGAAAUGAGGAAGCGCGCCCUGAGCAGGAAGCGCGAGGAGUCUAAUCCCCUGUCCUUGAAGCAGCCAGCUUCUUGGCCAUCCCUGUACAGCAUUGGUGAUCUUUGGCUUGCGAAAGCUGAACUCGAGCAUGCGCUCUCCUGGCGCCUGGACUCUUGCCCCACUGAUAGAGCGCAGCCACAGCGACGCAUACAGUCGCCCGAGCUGCU